UAAUAAUAAUAAUAAUAAUAAUAAAACGUUUUGAUCUUUUUAAGUGAACCUAUUCGCUUUGUCUCGUCAUGCUCAUUGGAGGAUCAGUGCUCCAGAGUUCCUGUCUUUCUGUCUGAAGAAUGGUUUGGAUGCGCCGCCGACUUUAGAGAUUUUUCCUAUGACGAUGACGUGGAGUGAGCGGACCUUAAGGAGAACAGGCACCGCACCUCCGUCACCUGCAGCAGCACCGCUCAGCGCAGCCAAAAGGAGCCUGUCCAAGCUCAGCCGCAAACACAGCAAUGGAUCUCUCCAAUCCAGCUCAUCGGGUGGCACUGCAAAGUCUGUGGAGGGCGUGGGCUUCAGGCAACCAGCCAAGAGCAAAAUCCGUCGGCAUCAGCACCGCCUUUCCUCUGUAUUCAGCCGUGGCGUGCUCUCGGCUCGUGGGGACAUAGCUUCCUCUGGAGCAGUACCUUCAGUAACCGACGAUCCCUCAGAACUGUCCAGUGACAUAACCGUACCGGGAAUCCUGAAGAUUUUUGGCAACGAGAUCUGCGAAGGUGCCAACUAUAAGAGUGUCCUGGCUACAACUCAUUCCAGUGCCAAAGAGCUGGUGAAAGAAGCACUCGAGCGCUACUCUCUGAACAAGGCGGAUGCUGAUUCCUAUGUGCUUUGCGAUGUUAUCGGUUGCAUCAGAGAACAAGAAUGGAGGAGCGAGUGUGUGCGUGUAGUGGGAGAUAACGAGCGGCCGCUGCUCCUGCAGUCGCUCUGGAAGCCCAGGGAAGGAUACGCUCGGCGCUUCGAAAUCCAGAGCAGAGCAAGCGUAGAAGAGAAGAUCUCCAGAGACAAGGACACAGUGACUGCAGGGCUUAACGCUCAGGCUCGUAAACUACAGAAGACGCGCUCACGGGGGAGGUCUGUGGUGCUCGGCGAGAGUGGGCGGGGCAUCGCCGCAGACAUCGGGUCGAGUCUGUGCAGGAGUCUCAGCGAAGCAGAUCUCAGGCCCUCCUCACCUGAGCCCCAGCAGAGCCUUAAGAGCCGAUCGGGCGGGGACGACUGCGAGGUCUACAAAGAGCCUCCCUGUGCGGCUGGCAGAAGAGAAGAGACGGAGAGCGGCGAUGACAACUGCACACAGUAUUCCAUUCAUCCGCCCGUGCACUUCCCUUACUUCCUGCUACUGCAGGGCUUCAGUUACAGACAGGACUUCAUCAUCUAUUCUCUAAACAGCAGCUUCACCAUUUUUGGCUGUAAUUCUGAGCAAUCUGAUGAAAUAAACAAACAGCCAGCGGUAAGUGUGACUCUUUGGGCUCCUGAUAUCCAAUCCCAGCACUGCUGCAUUCAGAGACUCCAGGUCACGACUUUUGACCCUCAGCAAAAUGACAGGAAAGGACCAGGAGUCACGAUCCUGAAGCCCUUCCAAGGAGCUUUGGUUAAGAAAAACGGAGCUGUUAUUAACCAGGAGGUGGAGCUUCAUUCUGGAGAUGUCAUAGGCCUGGGCGAGAAUUAUCUCUUCAUGUUUAAGGAUCCCCAAACUGAAAUUUUGGAAAACGCUCCCAGUGUAGCUCUUCCAUGGCUGCACGACCCACCAGAAUCUCAUCCUCCCAUGUCGUUUCCUGUGCAUCAGACAUGUGUGUCGUCGACAUCAGAGGGCUCGGGAACACCAUGUGCUGCACAAAUCACCCUGCCCUGCUUGAGGGACACAAACGGACGAGAGCUCGUCCUCUUUUAUGACGUAGAUCAUGAAACAUUGGUCCUCGAGGAGAUGUUAACAAAAGCAGACCAUUAUGAAGACCUACCCAAGCUCACUCCAGCUUUCCUGCUGUGUUUAUGUCUUCAGCAAUCAGCCACGCAUUUUCCUAUGACUGACCUGCGACGACUUCUUCUGCAUAUAGCCAAUGAGGUUCAAAUAGCUGUAUUGGAAAGAGCGAAGGAGCUUGCAGCUAUUCAAUCACAAAUGGAAGCCGUUGACGCAGUGGAGCCACAGCCGGAGAACCUCCUCAGAAGCCUACAACCGCUUGUUCUGUGGAUGGCCAACUCCAUCGAGCUCCUCCAUUUCGUCCAUCAAGAAGUGCCCUGCUUGUUGCAUGGGAUUUCACAAAUGGAGGAGGAAGAGGAGGAAGAUUGCAUGGCCGUGUUGGAGUUGCGCUUGUCUACUGUGCGGCCUGCCAGCGAGGAGGCCAUGACGGUCCUGGAGGAGGUCAUUAUGUUCACCUUCCAGCAGUGCGUCUAUUACCUCACUAAGCUCCUGUACCCGGUCCUCCCAGGCCUGUUAGACAGCAAUCCUUUCUCAGAGUCUGGGCAAUUGCAGAUCCCAAAUAAAGUUGCCAGUGUGUUGGACAUCUUCACAAUGACCCUGGAUCUUAUCAAGGACUUCCAAGUACACCCUGAGAUUUCUAAACAGCUCUUCACUUACCUCUUCUUCUUUGUCAAUGCCUUCCUCUUCAACCAGCUCAUGGAGAGAGGAUCAGGGGGAAGCUUUUACCACUGGUCCUGUGGGGUUCAGAUCCGUGCAAAUUUGGAUGUGCUGAUAGACUGGGCAUACACAGCGGGCAUCGGAGAACUGGCACAGAACCACCUCCUCCAACUCUCCUCCGCUGUCAAUUUGCUAGCCACCACUCGUGAACAUCUCCUGCAGGCAUCAUGGAGUUCUUUGAGGACAGAGUUUUCCUCACUUAGCCCUGCUCAGCUUCACCACCUGCUGAGGGAGUACAACCCACGCCGGCCCUGCCCCUCCGCAUGGACGCCCUGCAGCGCCGACGCUGACGCAGCGUGCCGGACUGCUGAUAUUCUGGAAAGCUUUGAUGACCACCCGCCUCUCGUCCUUCCCAUCGAUGGCUUUCAUCUCAACUUAAAAAAGCCCGUUAGUGAUAAAAGCCUCAUUAAAACGCUGGUGCAGUUUCAGACAGUCGUCAAGACGCUUAAUGUUGGAGCAUCGGCUGCAAAAUGUGCUCAGCAUGAAUCUGCCGUACCCCUAGAAGCCAAACGCACCAAAAUGGAAGUCCUUCCAAAAGCCCACUUGGAGCAAGGAAACACACCACUGAUGCUGCCUAAGAGCUCAAAUUCUUCCACCAGUUCUUCAACAUCAGGUGACGAGGGCAUGUGUGCGGUUCUGCUGACCCAAAAGAUAAAGUCUCUGGAUCUCCAGGACAACGAAGCGAACGACAACAACAGUACUAAGCACUCAGUACUGGAAACCUCGUGCUUGCUCACCCCACCCAACACCCCACUGAGCUCAGAGCAGACCGAGUCUGAGACCAAAUUCCAAGAGAUGGAGCCCAACCAUCACAGUGAUACAGCCAUGCAGGAGGAGGGUGGAUGUGGAAGGCAUGAAGUCAGUGAUGAUGAAGUGUUUGUGGUGGAGCUGCUGAAGGGCCCUGAAGGACUUGGACUGUCGCUAGUAAAUGGCGUGGAAACGCCUAUGAAGAUGAACGGGAUUUAUAUCAAAUCUGUGAUCCCAGGGUCUCCUGCAGCUCUGAGUCAGAGAUUGAGGCCAGGGGAUCGACUCCUGGCAGUGAAUGGCCAUGGAUUGAUUGGCUUGGACUAUCACACUGGCAGAGAGCUCAUUCAGAAGGCUGGAGACCAGGCUCAGUUGCUAGUCGCCCGAAAUGAAAGAAGCAAUGAAGACGCAGUGCCAAGACGCUGACCGUGCCAACCCGUCUCUUUCUGACACACAAGUGCACUUUGAAGCCAUUCUGGGAAAAUGCCAAGAUUUAAGUCUCCUGAUUUUUUUUUUUUGUGUGUGUGUGAUUUUAAACAUAGUUUAAGUUCAUUACACUGUUAUGAUGCUUUAUGGAACCAUGAGUUAAUAUUAUUUUUACAUCCUUUUUUGUAAUCUGUUUUAACCAUAAUUGUAGCAAAAAUUAUUAUUAAUUAUUAAUGUGCCUAAAUAAUAAUGAUAAUAAAACAAUAUAUUUUAUUUGUAUUCAUUCUGAAAGGUCAAUACAGCAAACUGGUUUGAAACAAUUUGAACAUGAUACCUUUUAGAGGUUGUAUAAGAGAUCUCAAUGUGGAGAUUCGCUUUUUUUUCUGAUUCGGACUAAAUGUGCACAGUAUUAGAGGGGUGAUUUAGAGCGAGCAUAGGAAGGAAAAGAAGACAGACAAAGAAAAGCUGGAAAUAAAGAAACUGAAAGAGGGAGUGUGUUGGAGAGUGGCUGUGCUUGGGAGAGUGUUCUUGAAUGUUAUUCACUCACUUGUCUUAAAGCACAAAGUGAAUACUGUUCAGUAGUGUCUACUGAGCUCUUCAUGAGGCCAUCACAAAGGGUUUAUAUGGCAUGACAAGGAUAUUCAGUAACAUGGGGAGCUUUUUCCAUUUAUCAUUCACGUCACCAGACAUCACCAGUGUAGGAAUUUACUCUUCCUUUACACUUAUAAAUCCUGAAGUUUGUCAUCCAGGACUCUCAGUAAAUUAUUCCUAAUGAUUAACCUAGCAUUACUUUAUAAGAGCAAAAAGUGGAAACACCAAGAAUUCCUUCUAAGGUAGACGCCCAG